CGUCGCCCCUCCCCCGCCCGCGCCAUCGAUGCCUGUGCUCGCUCUGUGCUCGAUUAACCCGUGAGGGAAGAAGAUGGCGGACAAAACAGCGCCGUGCUUGGGGAUCGAUAGUGUGUGCGGUUCUUGCCAGGUGCAAGUAAUGUGUUGCUGAGUUUUUUUUUGUCUGCAUCUAUAAGAAAUCUCUGAAGAGAUACAAUCAGUGAGUGCUUUAUCAACAACAAAAAACCCAGAGCCCCGGCAAAAUGACUUCCUCAAAAAGGACCCUCAGUAAAAAGGAACAGGAGGAAAUUAAAAAGAAGGAAGAUGAGAAGGCAGCAGCAGAGAUAUAUGAAGAGUUUUUGGCCUCUUUUGAGGGGGCUGACUCCAGCAAAGUAAAAGCUUUUGUAAGAGGAGGCAUUGUAAAUGCAACAAAAGAACGAUUCGAGGAACAGAAAGGAAAGCUGUACAAGCCUUCUACACGGGUUCCUGAAAUAAAGAACAUAAUGCCAGAUAAAUCUUCUCCACCGUCUUUCGUAUCUGAUCCCAAGAAGCCUCCCCUAAAGAAGGGUGAAAAGGAAAAGAAGAAAAGUAAUUUGGAGCUAUUCAAAGAGGAAUUAAAACAAAUCCAGGAAGAACGUGAUGAACGGCAGAAAACAAAAGGGAGUAAGGAUACUUCUUUCAGGCCUAGUCGUUUUGAACCUCUGCCAUCAGAAGAUUCUUCGCAAAGUCGCCGCUCUUCUGAAUCUUCAAGGCGAAACAGACAAACGAAUGCACUUGAAGAAUUUACUCCUGGCUCUCAUGAUUCUGGAGAUCCAACUACAACUAAUUUAUAUAUUGGUAACAUUAAUCCGAAGAUGAAUGAAGAAAUGUUAUGCCAAGAAUUUGGACGCUUUGGCCCCUUGGCUAGUGUUAAGAUUAUGUGGCCCAGAACAGAAGAAGAAAGAGCCAGAGAAAGAAAUUGUGGAUUUGUAGCCUAUAUGAACAGAAGGGAUGCUGAAAGAGCUUUGAAAAAUCUAAAUGGGAAAAUUAUUAUGGAUUUUGAAAUGAAGUUGGGCUGGGGGAAAGCUGUGCCCAUUCCACCUCACCCCAUUUAUAUACCACCUGCUAUGAUGGAGUUGACUCUACCGCCACCUCCAUCUGGGUUACCUUUCAACGCUCAGCCACGGGAGAGACUAAAGAAUCCCACGACACCAGUGAUGCCACCGAAAAAUCAAGAUGAUUUUGAAAAGACUCUGUCGCACGCCAUAGUCAAAGUGGUUAUCCCAACAGAAAGAAACUUAUUGUGUGUUAUUCAUCGGAUGAUCGAAUUUGUUGUGCGUGAAGGACCUAUGUUUGAAGCAAUGAUCAUGAACAGAGAAAUAAACAACCCCAUGUUCAGGUUCCUUUUUGAGAAUCAAAGCCCUGCCCAUGUUUAUUACAGAUGGAAAUUGUAUUCCAUACUCCAGGGCGAUUCUCCAACUCGGUGGAGAACAAUGGAUUUCCGCAUGUUUAAGAAUGGAUCAUUUUGGCGGCCGCCGCCUCUAAAUCCAUACCUGCAAGAAAUAUUAGAAGAAACAGAGACUCGAGCUGAAGAGAAUGUGAAGAAAGGACAGUUAAAAGAGGAAAGUCAAAGAGAUAAAUUGGAGGAACUCUUGCGUGGACUAACACCUCGAAAAAAUGAUGUUGGCGACGCUAUGGUGUUCUGUCUGAAUCAUGCUGAGGCUGCUGAAGAAAUAGUGGAAUGUAUUGCAGAAUCUUUGUCCAUUUUGAAAACUCCAUUGCCUAAAAAGAUCGCCAGGCUUUAUUUGGUGUCAGAUGUGCUAUACAAUUCAUCAGCUAAAGUUGCAAAUGCCUCAUACUACAGAAAAUAUUUUGAAUCUAAGCUGUGCCAGAUAUUUGCAAACCUUAAUGCAACUUACAAGUCAAUUCAAGGUCACUUACAGUCUGAGAAUUUCAAGCAAAGAGUAAUGGGCUGCUUUAGAGCAUGGGAAGAUUGGACAGUUUAUCCUGACCCAUUCCUCAUUAAACUACAAAAUAUCUUUCUUGGACUUGUAGAUCUCGAGGAUGAAAGUAAAGAACUCUGCAAACCUCAGGAAGGAGAAGUUGGGGGAACACACAACAGUUAUCAUCGAUGGGUCAGCAGUGAAAGGCCAGACCCUGAAGAUCUUGAUGGAACACCGGUUGAGGAUGAAAUUGAUGGUGCCCCAUUGGAGGACGUAGAUGGAGUUCCAAUUGAUUUGAACACUGGAAUAGAUGAUCUAGAUGGUGUCCCUAUGAAGGUGCUAGAUGAUGACCUUGAUGGGGUUCCCAUCGAUGGCAUUGAAGAAACCAACACCAAGAAGUUUCAGUCAGUUUUUAAAGUUGCUCCAUCAAAGUGGGAAGCAGUAGAUGAGGCAGAAUUAGAAUCUCAGGCUGUUACUACUUCAAAGUGGGAACUCUUUGACCAACCAACUGAAUCAGAGGAAGAUGAACAACCAGCGGACAGUACAUUAAAGGAAAGUGAUGAUGAAGACGACGAUGAUGUUGAUGAUCAAGUCUCUAGAUCAGAAGAGUUGCUUUACUAUACUAACCCAGCAAAAGAAGAAACUUCAGAACCCAAACCUAUUCUUAAAUAUUCAGAAAUGUCUGAAGAGAAGCGAGCAAAGCUUCGAGAAAUAGAGCUUAAGGUAAUGAAGUUCCAGGAUGAACUAGAAUCUGGGAAAAGGCCUAAAAAGGCAGGUCAGACCAUGCAAGAGCAAGUGGAACAUUAUCGAGACAAACUCCUUCAGCGGGAGAAGGAGAAAGAACUGGAAAGAGAAAGAGAGCGUGACAAAAAGGACAAAGAGAAAGAUGUGAUUAAAUCAGAGUUUCGCGUAAAAGAUAGGAAAGAAAAAGAGAGCUCCUCCUCGCCUUCAGGCAAAGAGAGGAAAAGGAAACACAGUGCAUCUGUCAGUCCAACUCGUGUGGCGAGGCGUGUGAAAUCACCGUCACCACGUUCAGAACGGUCGGAUAGGUCGCGUACCAAAGACAGUCCACACACUCGGUCGGCUCAUAAAGACACAUCUAGAGACACAAAUAAGAAGUCCAAAAGAUCACGAUCCGGUUCAAGGACUCCGAAAAGGUCCAAAAGAUCGCGCUCUAGGACUCCCAGAAAAUCUUCAAAAAAAUCUCGAUCCCAAUCCAGAUCUCCGCAUCGAUCACACAAGAAAUCCAAGAAGAGCAAACACUAGUGAACUGUCUAUCAUCAUUUUUCUGUAAUUUUAGUUUUGUCCCGUGCCUGAAACAAACUGAGGAAUAUCAUUCCUGGCUUUCUUUUGAAUGCACAUACAUUCAUUAUGAAUAUUCAACUCCAGUCAAUCUGUGUGCUUUUUUGUAUAUUAAAGAAUUUGACUUCUAUAGUGCUUUGGCUUCAUUAGUCCCCAAACCCUGUUUGUAGAUUGUGUAAAGACAGACCCCUUUAUGUUAGAUUUCUCAUGAGGAUCCUUGUAUGUCUCUUCCACCAGCAGUAGCAGUAUUGUAUUUGCAGAGGUGUAUGAGGAUGCCUGAAGCAGAAGUGUUAUCCUUUUGUAAUUUUUAACUUUCAAUGAGAGUUGAAUAAAAAUCGGUAUAGAAAGUUACAAUAUUUCUUGUUUUAUAAUAAAGUAAAUGCAAUAAUGUUUGAGCAAUUCAACUUUUGAUAUCUUAACAUGCAGCUUUUUUGGGCAUUACACCAUAAAACAUUGUUGACACCGAAGUGAGGCAUUUUGCCUGAGGCAAAUUUUCCUGGUUUCUUCUAAGCUGCAUUUUAAAAUAGCACCUCAAGCAGUCUUGAGUGGCUUGAGGAACAGGAAUGGUGUAGAGCAAUCCAAUCUUUACAAAUUCUGAAUUUGAGAUCCAGUAUAUCAAAAUACUGUGGUUGUUAAUGUGCUCAUUAUCAUUUUGCAUUGAUCACUUCUGGUUACAGAAGUAAAGUGUGAUGAGCAUCUUGUGCAGAGGCAGUCACUAGCAUUGUUUCAGAAGAUUUAUUUGACCUGAAUGGCAAGAAGCACAAAGUCAAGGUUGAAGACUAAAUGCUGGGCAUCUGAACUAGAAGCAGAAAAGCAGCAAGACCAGAGAUGAUACACAGCUCUGUCAGAUGCAAAACCUCAACUGUUUUUCUUUUAACUUGCUGAGAGAACUGCUGGGUAUUUAUUUUUUUAUUUUUACUUUAUAAGUUCUUAGACAUUCUAAUCACUUUUUAAACAAUGUGUCAAAAUUGCUAUAUUCUAUAAAUUAGAACUGUGUAAACAUUUGUAAUUGCUCCUUGAAUUCAAUGUUUCUUUGCACGUCAGAGACCAGAUGAAAAUGCUCAAUGAUAACUUUUGUCAAAAUAUUUUGCACAGUGUUUUUUUUAUAAUUGAGGUGACUGAGCGGAUUACACUUGCUGAAUUCAUGUUCUAAGUGAAAACAGCAAAAAUCUACCUGAUAUUUAUGAAAUGAAUCCAUUGUAUCUACAUUCUAACUUUUAUCUUGUUUACCCUGAGUUUAGAUCUUCAUCAUUGUCAACUUCUUUUGGGGAACCCUUACCGUUUCCACAUCACUGAUAAAGAGAAUCCUGGUGAAUUACAAAUAUAAAACCCACAAUACCUUAAGCAGGCAAUAAAAUAGAUUUUAAUUGUG